CAGUUAUUAAUAAGUUAUAUUCAGAAUUUGGUCCAAAAAUUUUAAAUCUUAUGAGUGCAGCAUUGAUUGAUGAUAACUGUCAUUUUUAUGGUGCAAUAUGAAGUUUCAUUCCUGUGGUCCAGUCCAGCAGAACUUCAACUGUGAUUUUCUGAACUACGACCAUCAUGACAGAUCUUUGUGGAAUACCAUGUCAUUUUGGAACCAUGAUAAAAAAAAGGAAAAGAUUAAGUAGAGACAGCACUCGAUGAUUUUCACUAUUCAAAAGUGUGCAUUCUAAAGGAAAUCUCAUGGAGUGUGAAGACCCAGCUUCUGGAUCAUCCGCUGUUGACACCAGUCGUUGUUCUUCUCUGGCAGAUCAGCAGAAAAACAUUAUAGAUCAGGUUGUUUCAAGUGAAGGAGUCCACUUUAAAAGCCAACAAAUCGGGGACCCUGAGCUGCAGGAUACUGAAAAGAGGAAGAUUGUAGAGGAUGUUCUGAACCGAAGCCAUGGUCUAUUCCUGUCCAAGUUCGGACAACACUUGUGUCAAGAACACCUUGAGUUUUUCAGCAAACCGAAUGAAGCGGAACAGUAUGAAGUCGAUUUCUACCUGAGACAACUUAGAAAAAAUUUGAAGAAGAAAGCCUCGAAAAUGUGCAUUAAAAAUCGUCGAUUUGAUGCCCUCAAGAAAAUGGUCACAGAAGGCACGUACUUUAGUGAGGAAGAAAUGCGCAAGAGAAACCCACUCCUCUAUGAGCAGCUUGUGGGCCAGUAUUUGUCCGAAGAAGAAAAACGAAUGCGGGAAGAAAUCGACACCAGUAACAUAACUAUUGUUAAUCUAUUGAUGGAGCAAAUGGAUCGGGAAGACUUAGAAAAACUGAAAAAAACUCAAGAGGAGGAUGAAGAUUGUGCUGAAGAAGAGGAGGACACGUCUGAUGAAGAGGAAGAAUCUGCAAACAAGACAAAGCCAACCCCCAGCUCUAUUUCAAAGGUCACUCCAGCCGAGAAGAAGAUUUUAUGGGGCGAAAUGGGCGGUGUAAAAAAAGAGGCACCAAUCGGAAGAGCUAAUUGGAUCAAAAGUACCUGCGAGCUAGGCGCUAAGGCCUCCUCGUCCAACGAAAUCUCAGAUGAAGAGAGAUCUCUUCUCUUUGACGAGUUUCGCAAUAACAUGUUUGAAAAUUUUCUUCAAGGAAAGGACUCCGACUUUGAUUACAGUAAAGUUGAUUGCAAUCCUGAACUCGAUGAUAUUGAAACAAUGAAUCAGGAUGCUGAGGACAAGUAUUUCGACUCUGAAACUCCAGAGACCGGCUCCGUGCGCAACAUGGAUGUAGACUCUGAAGAAGAUGAAUUUGAGAAAUUUAUGUCUCAAGUCAGGUCAGAAGAAAGAACCAACCAUAUUACAAGUGGAAUCAAGCACUUAAACAGUGAUCUAGGUGACAGUUUAUGAAACCAUUUCAGUGUGCCUGACUCAACUUGGAAUUCGAUGAUUAUCAUCUUGUUAUUAAUCUUCGAACACCUAUCUAUUUGGUCGUCCUCUCCGCAUUGGUGGCUGUAGUUUUAGCCCAAGCACAACAGUGGCCCGCCGGUCUGAACCCGGCCGCCUGCCCCAACUACCCCAACUGCGACAACACCGUCGUCGCCCUGUACGGCGGUCUGCCCUACGCCGCCCCCGUCGCCCGCUCCUACCCCGCCGGAGUCCCCGCCGCCGCCUGCCCCAACUACCCCUUCUGCGGAUCCGCCGCCGCCCCGGCCGGCUACGUCGCAAGGGAGUACCCCGCUGGAGUCCCCGCUGCCGCCUGCCCUAACUACCCCUACUGCUAAGCCUCUUGGAUUACUACCCGCAUGGUCGAAACUGGUAGUAGAGCGGAUUCUUGAUCACGGACUUCGAUAUAUUCAAUCGAUAUGACGAACGACGUGACCAGUUGAUCCUGGUCUAUUUUUUUUGAAGGGGGUGCACUGCCAAGCUGAGGGGAUAUUAAAUUAAACACUGGGAAAAAAA